CUGACUCUAGUGCCAUACUUUGAUAGUUCAACUACACAGAAAUGUUGGAAAAAGGUUGCAGAGCGAGUGCCCAGCAAAAAUCCGUACUGUGCCGACCAACAAAUUGUUGGGAUACCACACCCCCACCGUACCCCCCUAUGCCGACGCCUCUGGGAAGAGGGGGCAAACUGCUACAGAGAAUCAACAUCUAGCAUCUAAGGGGCCACUUAAAGUAAUGAGUUCCACUUUAAAAAUGGAAUUAAUUCAACUUAAAAAGAGUAUGGCUUAAAAUAGUAAAUCGAUUUAAGCCAAUACAUGAAAGUGACAUGAAGAAAUAAUUCUGAAAUGUAUUUGAAAAAGCUAAACUAAAGGGUGUGGUAUUUAUAUAAAUCAGAGAUUGAUAUGAUCAUAUGUUUUGUUUUUCUUGCGCUUUGCUGCAUCAAAAGUCCAGGAAAUCGAUUGAUAUACACUUAGGAUCAGGGGUGUAGUGCUAGGGGCUGAGCCCCCCUUGUUAAUGCCAAAAGCUUGGCAAAUUUAUAUUUUUCUAUUGUUUUUUUGCAACUUUUUGUGCAAGAGCCCCCCUUGUUAUUUUGAUAGCACUACACCGCCGCUUAGGAUUCAAGAUGUUGGUAGGACCCUGGUCAGAAUGUAACAGGAUCCUCUUUAAGAUUCUACAGGAUCCUAUCGUUAUAUUCAAGAUCCUGGCAGGAUCCAUGUCACAAUCAAAUAGGAUCUUGGAAUCGUUAUGUGUAAGAUCCUAAUCUAGUUCUUGUAAGAUCCUGCAAUGUCACUAUGGAUCCUAGCAAGAUCCUAUUCAAGAUCCUGUUUUAUAAUUCUGUAAGAUUUUUGGUAGGAUCCUGUGUAAGAUCUUCAGUUGUUUAUCUCCUACAGGAUCCUUAUGUAAGAUCUUGUAUAGGAUCCUAUAUAUUUAGGAUUCAAGAAGCUGGAAGGAUCCUGGUCAGAAUGUAACAGGAUCCUGUUUGACUUUGUACAGGAUCCUAUCUUUAUAUUCAAGAUCCUGACAGGAUCCAUGUCACAAUCCAAUAGGAUCUUGGAAUUGUUAUGUGUAAGAUCCUAAUCUAGUUCUUGUAAGAUCCUACAAUUUCAUUCUGGAUCCUAGCAAGAUCCCAUUCAAGAUCCUAUUUUAAAAUCUUGUAAGAUGUUUGGCAGGAUCCUGUGUAAGAUCUUAAGUUGUGUUUGUCUUACAGGAUCCUUAUGUAGGAUCUUGCAUCAGAUCCUAUGCACACAGGAUCUUGCAGGAUUUUUGGUAGGAUCUUGUCCAGAAUCCUAAAAAGCUAGGAUCCUGUAGGAUCCUGCAAGAUUUUUCACCAGGCCAAGAAUGUUAUCUAGCUAAGAUCUACCACUACCAGCAUUACCUACUUCCCAAGGUUGCUAAAUUGUCAAGAUUUUAUAACACUUUCAAUAUUAAAACCAUACCUUCCUGCGAAAGCAGUUCUUUUUCUUGCUAUAUCCAGUCUGUUCCAAGGGAUAAAAUGUUGUGCUGCAAAGUCCCUCGGAAGGCCAAGAGCCGUAGAUACAGAGAUAGGUGCUUGCUUCCCCAAUGCCCUGAUAUUCUGAAGGCUCUCUGUAUCAUUGGAGACAAUUAGUGACUCAACUAGCUUUAAAAUAUCCAUGUUGUAUCCGAAUCGUAGCUAAUUCCUCAGACACAAAUACGAUAUCCUCUGCCAAGCAUUUGCUGUACUGAGAUACAGAAAUGCUGGGCAGGAAGGUAUCGUCUUGGCUUGGCUGCAAAUGAUUGGGAAGUCAGUGGAAGUCAGUCCAUACGUUGUACAAACCCCCAAAAAAUUCUCAUACUAACUCCUGUAAAAAUAAUUGGCCUGAAGCCUGGUUUCCAUAUAAUUGUAACUGCCGAUGCAUCUGCGAUGGUUUUGUUCUGAUACCUGCGAUGCAUCGGCGAGUGUUUCCAUUUGCAAAGGCAAUUGGUAACUAGGCGCAACUAUUUGGCAUGGAACGGAAUUUCACGGACUUUUUUGAACUGCUGGCAACAUUGGAAAAUGGUGGCAUUAAAUCGGAGAUUGAUUCUAAAGGUGCAUGCUUCUUGGUUACAUGAGGCUCAGACGUUUGAGAAACAAAACGAUAUCCCUCUGGCCCCACAGCAAAAACGCCCCAGAUUACACCCUUUUUUAUAAUAAGAACCAUCAAAUUUUUUGCAGAUGCUCAGAUUGUUCUCAUUUUUCUAUUGUUCUAAACAAUAGAGCCAUUUUCUCUCUAUUAUUUUCUAGUUUGAAACCCAGGCUUGUGUUCUAAUAACCAUGUUCUUAUAAAAGAAAAAUAGUGUAAUUGAUUAUUAUAAAUUAUUAAUAUAUUUCCUUUUUAAAUUUAAAAUCAAUAAUUAUAGUUAUAAAUAUUUUUAAAAAUUAUCUACUGGGGAUAUUUAAAUGUAAUAUUAUUUCAUUGAAUCGGCAGAUAUUUGCGAAUGUCACCAGAAAGACUAGAGCACCUCCUGACAUUGGUUGGACCCCACUUGGCAAAAAAUAAAUGCAGAAGCGGCAUGCCAUUAUCCCCAGUGGAGCGUCUAAUCAUCACAUUGAGGUAUCUUGCUACAGGUGACUCACAACAGUAACAGUCCUUCAAUUUUCAUGUGGGUAGAGUAACUGUUUGCCAUAUAAUAAAAACAAACUUGCAGUGUCCUGUAGCAAGAAAAUGGCGUGCGCUUUUGCAAUGACAAAUGAUGGCUGUUGAAAAGAGCUUUGAUUGGACAAAUGGUAACACGUGCAAUAAAAUAUAAAAGGACAUCGCUGACACAUCACAGAUUAGUGUUUCCAUACAAAAUUUGUGGAUUGCAGACGUCCGGAGAGCAUCGUAACUGCCAGGAAAGUAGAACAUCGUGCUGCAUGCUGCAUAGAUGCUGCUGAGUGGCCAUGCUGCUGAAUGGCUUUACAUGGCUUUACAUGGCCACUCAGCAGCAUCUAUGCAGCAUGCAGCACCAGUUGCGAGCUGUAUGGCUAAAGUUCUACCGCGCACCGUUGCUUCCUGUUUUUGUGCUUACUCUUUCUAUCAUUUGUGAGCGAGCCUUCCCAUGAUCCAAGAGGCAAAAAGCUACUUGACUAUCAUUGAAAAAAAUUAAACUUAACUUUCAGUUUCCCUUGGGGCGGUCGGAUUGGAGAACGGGAUAAACUGAGAAGAUGAGAGGAUGGAAGAUGUUCUAUGACUGCAUUCUGUCACUGACUGAUGAUAUGAUUCUUAGAAAGCCGAAACGUUGCAUAUAGACACUUGUUCAUCACUUGAGUGGCAAACUCUAAGAGUUUAUAAUUGAAGGGAAGCUUCAUCAUAAUUGGUCCAAUGAAAAGAGAUGAAUGAUGGUUUUUCAAUUACUUGAAUUGAAUGCUUUUAUGUUUGUUCAUUCCAACAAAUCACUUUGCUCUCCAUUGAAGGCAUUCACAUCACGACUGGCCUGUGAUGUAAAUAUUGGGUAUCGAUCAAUCCCUGAAAGCGCAGAUUCUUGGAGCUUCUGUCAGGAAAAUCAAUAUUUUGAAUUUUUGUUGCAGCGAUGUUACUAAACUUAAUUCUUAAUUACUAAAACUUAAUUCCGACGGUGUUAUGAAACGGAACUUCGAAUAUUUACCGUCCUUAUUAGGUUUUUAUUUCAAGGUAUUUACUGUCCAUUAUUUCAAGGUAUUUAUGAACCUUUCAACUUUAAAACUUUCACAUAUAGUAAUGUUUUACCUCGUUUCUUAUCCUUAUAACCAGUUGAUGAUGUAUUAUAACCGUUUUCUUUUGAUUUCUCAGUUUUAGCUAUUACCUCGUAGUCUAUUAAAGAUGGCCUACUCAAAAAUUGCAGCCAGUGAUGCAAAAAGCCAAUCCCAAAAAGCCAUAGUAGUGGUUUUUUCGUGCUGAUGUAGAUAGAUUCCAAAACUGCUAGGUGGAAUGACGAUCGGGCUUUACCAAUGAUUUGAAACAUCUCGCCAUUAAUAGUUUUUUGCGCAAUCUGGGUUUUCUAGUUGAUGCUGCCUGAUAGCAGAAUCGCGGGUUUCAGUUGUAAUUCUAGAUUUGCAAGACCGAGGUGGCUGUUCUCUUUGGGGAUGGGUUUUGUUUCUAAUAUUAGACGGAAUGUUUGCUAAAUGUUACUAAAUGUUUUACUUUAGUUUACUAAAUUUUUGCUUUUUUUCAAAGCCAUAUUUUAUUCUGUGUUAUAUUUGAUUAAUUGGAUAUUUUUGCCAAAACUAGAUGACCCAUACUUAAAUUAGCAGUAUUUUAAAAUGAACUCUCCUGUCAAAUUGGCAUGUCAUCAACCCAAUGGAGAUUUAAACAUUUUUCUUUCCUCUGUAAUAAUAGCUGGAUUGUCUGUAAAAUAAUUUCCUUAUAUCAAUAUUUAGAAUAACCUUAUCUAUGUACGCUUGUAUAUAUGUACUGUUAUUGAAAACUUGUCAGUUUUUUGUACAGCUUUUUGUUUUAAUCUACUUUGAUUUAUGUUUGUCUGCUGUUGUUCUAGAAUUUCAUAACAUUCAUUUUUAGUAAUUUUCGAAAUUGAAAUUUGUGCAAAGUUUAGAGUACUAACAAAGUGCACCUUGAUCAGAAAAAUUAAUAAUGUCGAAUGAAACAUGUUUUCAAUGUCUUUUAUCUCUGAUGGCCAGUUUUUAUCCUCUUCCAAUAGGCAUAAAAUGGUUUGGAACAAAGAACAUGAUAUUUUGUUGUGUCGGGAGAUACUUGUAACACAUCCAUACCAAUUUAAACAUGGAUCAAGGAAAAGGGGGCAGUGUUGGGGAAAAAUAGCCAAUGCUUUGAAUUUAGUUGAAAGGCCAAAGUUUUUGGUAGACCAGAGGUCUGUGAGAGAUCAAUUUACUAAAUUGGAGAGAGAUUUUAAAAGGAAAAUAGCAAUGGAAGCGAGAUCAAAUGGGAUACCUCCAGACGAGCCUUCAGAGCUAGAUCGAGCUUUGGAUGAGAUAGUUGAACAGUCACCUGUAGCUGAUGAAAGGAUUUUGCAGGGGGUGGAAAAAGAAAAGGUCACUGCGGGAAACGUUAGAAGAAGAGCAAUGGAAAACCUUUCAGAGACAAGAGACAGGGAGGAGUUGGAAGGCAGCAUGAAGAGAAAAAGAACUAAUAAUGGAACAGUGGAUUAUUUAGAAGAAAAAUCAGUAGCACAGAAGGAGAUAAAAAUGGAGAAACUGGAAUUGAAGAAGAGGAAACUUGAGUUACAAGAAAAAGGGCAAAAAGAAGCAGUGGCUUUUAAGCGAAAAUAACUGGAACUCAGAGAGAA